GGAGGAUCACUAACCCCUUUAGCCAGUUGGGGCACAGCUGCCACGGUGGCUCUGCCAGUUCAUCCUACAAGUGUCUGCUCAGGAGGGCAAGGCAGGAAGAGUGGCAUCACUUUUUCAUGGGGGACACCUGUGGGAAGCAGCAGAAGGCGGUGCUCAAUGAAGGACAAGAAAAUGAGAUGGAAAUAUUUGGCUAUCGGACUCAAGACUGCCGGAAGGCCCUCUGUCUUGCUGGAUCCAUCUUCUCCCUUGGACUCCUCCCCUUGGUGUUUUACUGGAGGCCAGCAUGGUGCGUUUGGGCACACUGUGUCCCAUGCUCCUUGCAAGAAGCAGACAUUGUCUUAUUGAGGACAACGGAUGAAUUUCAGACUUACUCUUGGAAAAAGGUGACAUGGAUCUACCUGUCAACAUUAGGCAAUGCAUUUGGUCUGACUCCGGGACACCCCCUCAUUACAGAUGAGGACUAUGUGAUAAAUAGAGCCAUCCAAAAGCCAGGCCUCAAGGUGAGAUGCAUAAAAGUACAGAAAAUAAGAUAUGUUUGGAAUAAUUUAGAAGGACAGUUUCAAAAGAUUGGCUCUCUGGAAGACUGGCUCAGUUCUGCCAAAAUACAUCUAAAAUUUGGAUCAGGCCUAACAAGAGAAGAACAAGAGAUUAGGAGGCUAAUAUGUGGGCCUAAUACUAUUGAUGUUGAAAUCAUUCCAAUUUGGAAGCUGCUCAGCAAGGAGGUGCUGAACCCCUUUUAUAUAUUUCAACUCUUCAGUGUCUGUUUGUGGUUUAGCGAAGACUACAAGGAAUAUGCCCUCGCCAUCAUACUCAUGUCUGUCAUUUCCAUAUCUCUGACGGUGUAUGACCUCAGGCAGCAAUCUGUAAAACUCCACCGUCUAGUUGAAGCACAUAAUAGCAUUACUGUCUCCGUGUGUGGGAGAAAAUCUGGAGUGCAAGAACUGGAGUCGCGCUUCUUGGUACCUGGAGAUUUGCUAAUUUUGACAGGGAACAAAAUGCAAAUGCCGUGUGAUGCCAUUCUGCUUGACGGCAGCUGCGUGGUAGAUGAAGGCUUGCUUACAGGAGAAAGUAUCCCCGUCACGAAAACUCCAUUACCCAAGACAGAUAGCCCUUUGCCCUGGAAAGCACAGAGUGAGGCGGAUUACAGGCGGCACAUCCUCUUCUGCGGGACAGAGGUGAUCCAGGCCAAGCCAGCUUGCUCCCGGGUGGUGAGAGCAGUGGUGCUGCAGACGGGAUUCAACACUGCAAAGGGGGACCUUGUACGAUCCAUUCUUUACCCCAAACCAAUGAGUUUUAAGCUCUACAGAGAUGCCAUAAGAUUCCUCUUGUGCCUCGUGGGCACGGCCACCAUCGGCAUGGUCUACACUCUGUGUGUCUACGUGCUCAGCGGGGAAUCUCCAGAGGACGUGGUGAAGAAAGCCCUCGACGUGAUCACUAUUGCAGUUCCUCCUGCCCUCCCGGCUGCCCUGACGACCGGCAUCAUCUAUGCCCAGAGGAGGCUGAAGAAGAGAGGCAUCUUCUGCAUCAGCCCCCAGAGGAUCAAUGUGUGCGGACAGCUAAACCUUGUCUGCUUUGACAAGACGGGCACCCUGACUUGUGAAGGCCUGGAUCUCUGGGGAGCUGUGCCUUGCGACAGGAACGGCUUCCAGGAAGUCCACAGCUUUGCUUCUGGCAAGGCUUUGCCGUGGGGCCCCCUUUGUGCAGCCAUGGCCAGCUGCCACUCUCUGAUCCUGCUCAAUGGGACCAUUCAGGGGGAUCCUCUGGACCUCAAGAUGUUUGAAGCCACCACCUGGGAAAUGGUGGCGUCUGAGGACGAUUUCCACAUCAGGGGAGUGCCAGCACAUGCCAUGGUGGUUAAGCCCUGCAAGACCACCAACCAGGUCCCCGUGGAAGGCAUUGCAAUCUUGCAUCAGUUCCCCUUCUCAUCAGCUCUGCAAAGGAUGACAGUCAUUAUCCAAGAGAUGGGCGGUGACCGACUGGCGUUCAUGAAAGGCGCGCCAGAGAGGGUGGCCAGCUUUUGCCAACCUGAGACAGUACCAGCUAGUUUUAUUAGUGAACUCCAGAUGUACACCACACAAGGGUUCCGGGUGAUAGCACUGGCCUACAAGAAGCUGGAAGCUGACCACCACACUGCUGCCCUAACGAGAGAGAAGGUAGAAUCCGACUUGGUAUUUCUGGGAUUGUUGGUCUUGGAGAAUCGACUGAAGGAAGAGACAAAACCUGUCUUGGAAGAACUCAUCUCAGCACGGAUAAGGACUGUGAUGAUCACAGGUGACAAUCUUCAGACCGCAAUAACAGUGGCCAGAAAGUCUGGGAUGGUUUCUGAAAGCCAGAAAGUCAUUCUCAUUGAGGCAGAGGAAACCACAGGAUCGUCAGCAGCAUCUAUAGCUUGGAAAUUAGUAGAAGAGAAGAAACACACUGCAUGUGGGAAACAGGACAAUUACAUUAACAUCAGGGAAGAAGGCUACAAUAAUGGCAAAGAAGGAAGCUACCAUUUUGCUCUAGAUGGGAAAUCCUUUCAAGUUAUAAAUCGGUAUUUCAGCAGCCUCCUGCCAAAGAUCCUGAUCAACGGGACAAUCUUUGCGAGAAUGUCUCCAGGGCAGAAAUCCAGUCUGGUGGAAGAAUUUCAGAAACUGGAUUACUUUGUAGGUAUGUGUGGUGAUGGAGCCAAUGACUGUGGGGCUUUGAAAAUGGCCCACGUGGGCAUCUCAUUAUCAGAGCAGGAGGCAUCUGUGGCCUCACCAUUCACUUCCAAGACGCCAAACAUUGAGUGUGUACCUCACCUUAUCAAGGAAGGACGUGCGGCUCUCGUCACCUCAUUUUGCAUGUUUAAGUACAUGGCUCUGUACAGCAUGAUUCAGUAUGUUGGCGUUCUGCUGCUCUACUGGGAGACAAACAGCCUUUCAAAUUACCAGUUUCUGUUUCAGGAUCUGGCCAUUACAACCCUCAUCGGUGUAACAAUGAAUCUGAAUGGUGCCUACCCUAAGCUGGUGCCUUUCAGAUCUGCAGGACGGCUGAUCUCACCACCUCUGCUGCUCUCUGUCAUCCUCAACAUCCUUCUCAGCCUGGCCAUGCACAUCGUGGGCUUUGUCUUGGUGCAGAAGCAGCCCUGGUAUGCCCUGGAGUUGCACAGUGCCUGUUCAAUGCAAAAUCAAAGCAUCUCUAAGUUAACCAUGUCUCCAACUGAUCCAGAGAAAACUGGAGCUAAUGGCUCCUAUACAAGCUUUGAGAACACUACUAUAUGGUUCUUGGGAACAAUCAAUUGCAUUAUUGUGGCUCUUGUAUUCUCUAAAGGAAAACCAUUCAGGCAACCCACCUAUACAAACUAUAUAUUUGUCCUUGUGGUGGUCGUGCAGCUGGGCGUGUGUUUAUUCAUUCUGUUUGCUGAUAUUCCGGACUUGUAUGGGCGCCUGGAUCUGCUGUGCACUCCUGUCCUGUGGAGGGUCUACAUCGUCAUCAUGCUGAGCUCCAACUUCCUUGUGUCCCUGCUUGUGGAGAAAGCCAUUAUUGAAAACCGAGCUCUGUGGAUGGCCAUCAAAAGAUGUUUUGGUUAUCGAUCAAAAAGCCAGUAUCGGGUAUGGCAGCGGAACUUGGCAAACGACUCCAGCUGGCCCCCGCUCAACCAAGUGUCCUACUCCGAUAUGCCGGGGUGUGGCCGGGCGGUUUCCUACAGCAACCCUGUGUUUGAGAGCAACGGAGAGCAGCUCUGAAGGAACUGUGAGGCCCAAGUUGAUGUGGUGGAGGAACAGGAAAAGGGGCCUGGGUCAAGUGAUGCUAACGCCACGAGGCUCUGACCAUACAGGCUGGAGUUGCGGGGAAACCUGUCAAACCACGGCGACAAAAUUAAAGACUGACAAAAUAUUUCCUGCAGAGAAAAACGCUGCCCCCAAAGAGUGCUUUUCUCUUGGCUUCUGAGAAUUAGAGGAAGCUAGUGAACCAGGAGCGGGCCAAGGAUUGAAGUGGCCCAAGAGAUUGGGAUGCCAAGGGGAAAAAAUGUGUACUCUGUCUCUUUUUGUUGUUUUGUUUUUUCAGUGCUAGGCCCUUGAAUACACUACAUAAGCAUGCUGUAACACUGAACCACAGCUUUGGCUGUGUAAUCUCUUUUUUCUUGGAUAAUAUUCCCUGUAUGAGUGGAGGGGGGAAUCAUACUAUGUAUAUGCCUAGAAUUGUAACAUGUUAAAGAUCAAUUUUAAAAUUUU